ACGCAAUAUCUUAAUUCGUUAUUUGUUACUGAAAUCUGCACCGUCUAGAGACUUCAGGACGAAAACAUUAUUAUUUAUUUAUUCAGGUUGAGCAAAUAAAAGUUAAUUAGGUGACGAUGAUAUCGUCAACGACCUGCUCUAACUUUACUGAAACGUAACGUCGAUCCCUUUGAAUAAAUAUUCCCUGUACUUUUGCGGUUCUACAUAGUAAUUCUUACAAACAUCAGAAGCUCCGGUCCUGUUGGGUGUGUGUGUUCACUGUUUAACACGCAGGGCCCUUUGACCCGGAGGAGAAGCGGCCAUCUUGCUGAGGGGGCCUCGGCUGUCACCACGUGAGACCCAGGACCCGCCAGAGACCGGGACCAGCCCUACCCCGAACCCCACCGACUCAGGAGGCCGUGCGUAUGCCCAGCUCCAAAGGAGUCGCAGGACGACACGAUGCCCGCCAUCACCUUACCGCCGAAGGAGAACGCUCUCUUCAAGAGGAUCCUGAGAUGUUACGAACACAAGCAAUACAGAAAUGGACUGAAGUUCUGUAAACAGAUCCUAUCCAACCCCAAGUUUUCGGAACAUGGAGAGACCCUGGCCAUGAAGGGGCUCACCAUGAACUGUCUAGGCAAGAAGGAGGACGCCUAUGACCUUGUGAGAAGAGGUCUACGCAAUGACCUCAAAAGCCAUGUCUGUUGGCACGUGUACGGGCUGCUGCAGCGCUCGGACAAGAAGUACGACGAGGCCAUAAAGUGCUACCGGAACGCCCUGAAGUGGGACAAAGACAACCUGCAGAUCCUGCGGGACCUCUCGCUGCUGCAGGUCCAGAUGAGAGACCUGGAGGGUUACCGGGAGACCCGUUACCAACUAUUGCAGCUCCGCCCGGCCCAGCGGGCCUCCUGGAUCGGCUACGCCGUGGCCUAUCAUCUGUUGGAGGACUUUGAAAUGGCAGCUAAGAUCGUGGAGGAGUUCCGCAAAACACAACAGACCUCUCUAGACAAGGUGGACUUUGAGUACAGUGAGCUUCUGCUCUACCAGAACCAGGUUCUGCGGGAAGCCUGUCUCUACAAGGAGGCCCUGGAGCAUCUCAACAGCUACGAGAAGCAGAUCUGUGACAAGAUGGCCGUGGAGGAGAUCCGAGGAGAACUGCUGCUGAAACUGGAGCGAGCGGACGAAGCCUCCCAGGUCUACAGGAGGCUCCAGGAGAGGAACCCAGAGAACUGGGCCUACUACCACGGCCUGGAGAACGCCCUGAAGCCAAGAAACGUGGAGGAGCGUCAGAAGCUUUAUGAGGAGACGUGGGUCAAGUUCCCCAAAGGCCUGGUGCCAAGGAGGCUGCCUCUGACCUUCCUCACAGGGGAGAAGUUCAGUGAAUGCCUGGACUACUACCUGAGGAUGAACUUAAGUAAAGGCUGCCCGCCUCUCUUCACCACCCUGAAGUCCCUCUACGCGGACACGGCCAAGGUUGCCAUCAUUGAGGAGUUGGUAGUUGGAUAUGAAACCUGUUUGAAGAACUGUCGGAUGUUUAGUGAACACGAUGAGGGCAAGGUGGAGCCCCCCACCACACUGCUGUGGGUGCAGUAUUUCCUGGCGCAGCACUUUGACUUCAUCGGGCAGCAGAGCCGUGGCCUGGACUACAUCAACACGGCCAUCGACAGCACGCCCACGCUGAUCGAGCUCUUCCUGAUCAAGGCCAAGAUCUACAAGCACGCAGGGAACAUCAAGGAGGCGGCGCGCUGGAUGGACGAGGCACAGGCCUUGGACACCGCAGACCGCUUCAUCAACUCCAAGUGCGCCAAGUACAUGUUGAAGGCGGGCCUGGUCAAGGAGGCGGAGGACAUGUGCUCCAAGUUCACCAGGGAGGGCACGUCUGCUGUGGAGAACCUGAACGAGAUGCAGUGCAUGUGGUUCCAGACGGAGUGCGCUCUGGCCUACAAAUCCAUGAACAAGUUUGGAGAGGCGCUCAAGAAGUGCCAUGAGAUCGAGAGGCACUUUGUGGAGAUCACAGACGACCAGUUUGACUUCCACACGUACUGCAUGCGCAAGAUGACGCUGCGCUCCUACGUGGACCUGCUGAAGCUGGAGGACGUGCUGCGGCAGCACCCCUUCUACUACAAGGCGGCGCGCACCGCUAUCCAGAUCUACCUGGAGCUGCACGACCGGCCGCUGGCCGACGACAGCAAGGAGUGCCAGGCAGACGCAGAGAACGUGACGGACAAGGAGCUGAAGAAGAUGAGGAACAAGCAGCGGCGAGCGCAGAAGAAAGCCCAGCUGGAGGAGGACAAGAAGAACGCAGAGAAGGAGAAGCAGCUCAAGAACCAGAAGAAGAAGAAGGAGGACGACGACGAAGAGAUCGGCGGGCCCAAGGAGGAGCUCAUCCCGGACAAACUGGCCAAGGUGGAGAGUCCUUUAGAGGAGGCGGUGAAGUUCCUGAUCCCUCUGAAGACGCUGGUGCGGCACAAGAUUGAAACUCAUCUCCUGGCAUUUGAGAUCUACUUCAGGAAAGAGAAGUAUCUGCUGAUGCUGCAGUCUGUGAAGAGGGCCGUGGCCAUCGACCCCUUGGACCCCUGGCUCCACCAGUGUUUGGUGCGCUUCUUCAAAGGAGUGAGCGAGAGCAGCGUCCUGGCCGAGCCGGUCCGGACGGUGCUGAAGCGGGAGAUCUCUCGGCUGUUUGGGGACAGCGACCCCAAGAGCUUCAACAAGAAGUACCUGAGCCGACACUCCAGCUCCGUCCCCCAGCGGCUGGCCGCCGCUAAGAUGAUGGUGUACCUAGAGCCGUCCUCGGACACGAUGGCCUGCGAGCUGGCCACCGCCAUGGACGAUUCGCUCAACGGCCGCAGUAUUCAGGUGUGCUCGGAGGUCCUGGAGGCCCUGCGGGGGGGGCAGCUGGGGGGCGAGGGCCACCCCAAGGCGGCGGAGGCGUACCGCGCCGCCUGCCACGCCCUGUUCCCGCACACCCUGGCCUUCAUGGAGGCGGACUACCAGGACAACAGCAGCGCCAACGGAGACCUGUCGGCCGGGGAGCAGGACGACAUGGCCCACGAGAUGUGAGGAGGACGAGGGGGAGGAGCGCGCGGACACACACACGCCACACCACGCACACGCACACACACACUCACACACAGACGCCCCCUGCCAGAUGUCUGCCGAGCGGCCGGCCAUGCUCCUUGGAUCCCUUCCGCGGUCAGCUCAGCCGUUUGACCCGCCCCACUGCACUGACGCGAACGGACUGACCGUGCUACAAAGAGACCAGGCCCCAUUUUACUUUUUUUAAGAAAAAUAAACAAACAACAAAAAAGGGCUCCCCCUUUCCUCUGUGGGGAGUGAGAGCGGUGUUGGGGUUAGCGGAGCCUAACCCGGGGGAGGGGGGGGGUGAAGGGUGGAACGGUGUUGGGUUUAGUGCUGACUGACCCGGGUGGACUAUGGGGGGGGAGAAGAAGAGGACUCUGACUGGAGGUUUCUGUAAAACACAGUUUAGAUCUUUUUCUAGCGCUCCUGUGUUUCACAAAAUGUCCUUGUAGGUACGUCUGCUUCUCACAUUUUUAAAAAAAGGUAAUUUAUAUCUUACAAAACUGACUAAAUGAAUUAAAUAAAAGCAGCAUUUGCGUAACCUUAUACCAAUUGUAUUCGUGUUUAAAUUGCAAGUAACUCACGGAUAAUGGGUUAUCUCUGAGUCCAGAUGUAAAACUAAUCCAAGUCUCAACAAAUAAAAGGAAAACGUUAAUUUAUGUUUUAAUAUUUUAUUUCAGGUACAAAAGGCUUCCUGGUAAGUCAGGGAGUAACGCUGCAGCUUGCAAAUGGGUCACCCUUUGGUCUGAGACGGCAUCUCCUCCUUCAGAGUUUAGACAGGAGGGCGACGCUGGCCUCCUCCUCGCGCUGGGAGCUCAGGAAGGUGUGGUCGAGGUUCAGGUAGCUGGUGAGGAACUCUGGGAAGUCCCUCUUCAGCACCACCUCUAGGAACAUCUCUGCGGCGGUCUGCAACCUCUCCGCAGCCCUGAGGCACAUGAGGGCGCUGUCAGCGGAUCACUAGGCUACAGGAACAUAGAGCCAUACACUCAGCUGUGUGACUAGCCGUGCUUAUGAUGCUACGAUUGUCCUCUGACUUACUAGAACCAAGCUUGUGCUUUUCUUACGGCCUGGGCAUCGUGUGUGUGUGUGAGUGGGCCCUCCUCCUACCUAACGGUUUGACAGGCGGUGACCUCCGUCAGCUCCUUCAUGACCUCCUGGGUGAGCUGCACCACCAGGCUCCGGGACACCACCCUCUGGCUGUCCUCCAGCCGGGCCUGGUGGAGGAUCCACUGCCACACCUGACAACACUCACUCAGUUAAUGGGAUAGUACUCACUGUGAUGGGAUAGUACUCAGUGAUGGGAUAGUACUCACAGCGAUGGGGAUAAUACUUAGUGACGGGGAUAAUACUCAGUCAGUGGUAUGGGGAUAAUACUCAGUGAUAUGGGGAUAAUACUCAG